AUGUUUCCAUUACACCUGUACUUCGCUAACAUCAGUACGAGGGAUUAUCCCAACUUCACCAGGGAGGAGCAUGACCUACAGAAGCCUGGAGUUAUUCUUGGAAAGCAUUACGCUCUCAGAGGCAUCCGCAUCGUGGUGCCGAUCAGCUGUGGGCUCUCGGUAAUGUAUUUUUAUUUCUAUCACAUUCCGCGUUUGGCGAUGGCAAAGCGCCCACUGGCUAAACUCUCGCACUAUUUCUACCCUAGCGCGGCCUACGGCACCCCCGUAGGCUUGCUCGGGGGGCUUACUUACGGUGCUAUUCAAGAGAACGCACGCCUCCGCGAGGACGUCUUGACAAACACGCUUCAGCAGCAGCGUCAGGCGGUUGAAGAGGCGCUACGGCAUUUUGAAAUCCGCCGCGCACGCGCCUCCGCGCGCGUUGAGGCGUCGUUACCCUGGUAUGUGAAGCCUCUGGUGUUUUUACACCUUGUGGAGGAUCCGGUGGCCGCCCAGCUGCGGCGCAUGGGUCUCUCGCGCAAGUCUUGGCAGGAUCUGGUCGAACCCAACAGUUUGCUCGGGGUUUCCAUGCGUUAUAGUAGGGUGGAGGAUCCGCGGUGGUAUCGGCCGUCAUCGUCGGUUGGAGACCCCUGUAAUGGACCGAUGAAGGAAGCCGCUUUCCAUCGAGGGAGUUCAAAGGAGGGGCAUGUGGUUUCAUCAGACCAGGAUCGCCUUGCCAAGGUAGGUCCCGGUGGUCGCAUCCGAGGGCACUCCCUUAGGGCAUCUGCACCACCUCCCCCAGCUCAGCCCUAUUUGAGCAAACUUCAAACAGAUGCUCUGGUAAGUCGAGUGAUGCAGCUACAGGCCUCUCCGGAGGAUAAUCGAUGGCUCCGUACUGGCGGUCGCUUCUCGCUUUACGGCAUGGUAACGAUGCUUGUUAUGCUAAACAACAGGGGCAUGUGGUACCGCACGAGCAUGGGAUUAGGCUUUGGGGUGGUCCUAGGAGCUGCGAUUUCAGCUACACGAUUGGAUGAAAUAUUUACUCAUUUACGAUAA